AUGGACGACAAUGACACUCUAGCUCUGUUAAGGUCUAAGCAUAAUAAGAUUGUCACCUGUUACGUUGCUUCCUGGGCCGUUUACAGACCGAACAAUGGGAAAUUUGGCAUUGAUAAUAUACGACCGGAACUUUGUACGCACCUUAUAUACACGUUCGCCGGAUUGAACGAUACAACAUGGACCAUUAGAAGCCUCGAUCCUGAUUUGGAUAUAAGGAAUAAUAUCGGUAACUACAGAAGGAUGACUCAACUUCGUCAAAAGUAUCCCGAGUUGAAAGUUCUCCUUGCAAUCGGAGGGUGGAACGAAGGCAGCAAAAAUUAUUCCAUACUCGCCUCGUCUCUCGAACGAAGAACUACAUUCGUUAACAGCGUAGUUGAUUUUCUCGGAACGUACAAUUUCAACGGGCUUGACUUAGAUUGGGAAUAUCCUGGAUCACGCGGAGGUGUACCCGCGGACAAAGAAAACUUUGUCUCUCUUGUGAAGGAACUGAAAGAAGCGUUCAGGCCGUCGAAAUAUUUGUUAACAGCAGCUAUAAGCGCGAAUAAAGAUGCCAUCGACGUAGCAUACGAUAUUCCUGAACUUUCUAAAUAUCUCGAUCAUAUUCAUGUAAUGGCUUACGACUAUCAUGGUACAUGGGAUCAGAAAGUGCUUCCGAACGCACCAUUAAGAAGUCAAGACGGUCACAGUGUGGAAGAGUCGCUCAACUAUUUGUUACGUAAAGGUGCACCGCCGAGUAAACUAGUGCUGGGUCUGCCUAUGUACGGAAGGACGUUUGUGUUAAAGAACAAGCUUAAUUCGUCUGAAGAAAGUCCCAUUAAUCAAGCAACUCUCACAGAUGGAUUUAAGGGCCCUUACACUGGUCAGAAUGGCUUCAUGGGAUACAACGAAAUUUGUGAAGAACUAGUAGACCACCCGGAAAAUUGGAAGAUUGGAUGGGAUGAUAACAGUCAAACGCCUUAUGUAAUUAAUGGUGAUCGCGCUAUCGUGUUUGAUAACCCGAAAAGUUUAAAAGCAAAGGUCGAGUACGCGAUGAAGUUGAAUCUGUCUGGUGUAAUGGGUUGGAGCAUUGAUACUGACGAUUUCAAUGGGAAAUGCGCGUCACUGACGAACUCUCUAGAUGUAAAAGAUAACACUUUUCCAUUAAUGAAAUCGAUCAAUGUUGUUCUGACAAGUUCAAGUAGUACAGACGACAACGACGACAACAACAACAACGACAACAACAACAACAACAACAACAACAACAACAAUUCUUCCGCUGAAAAAUAUUCUUACAGUUUUGCCUUAAUAACAUUGGCACUGUUUGCACAUUAUGUUUGA